GCACUAACUCCAAGUCGGGUUUUUGGAUUUGUUAACUGUCACAGGUCCCUGAUCCUGCUCUUCUCUGCAAAUACAUGGCAAUAAUCCUCUUUUUGUCUUCCUCCUGAAAAUGUCGACCGGUCGGGUUCCCUCGGUGGUUUUAUUUCCCUCAUAGAAACGUGCAUGCAUGUUACAGAUGCAGGAUGCGGUGUUGUCCCAGCUCUGUGCUCCACCUGCUGCGCUUUGUCCGGGUACGGUUGUGUAGCAGACGAGGAAAGAAGCAUCUGCCCCUGUGGGUCAGGGAAACAUGGGCUUACAUCAGGCUCCUGGUGAAGUCGCUUUACUUCAACUCCCUCACAGACUCGGAUGUGGUUUUUGACUCGAUUUUUGAACCACUUUUUUGGACCGUGGAUUAUGUCACCCGCUGGUUUGGCUUGGUCUUCGUUUGCCUGGUGGUGUUUCUGACCAGCUCCAUAUUGGUGAUAGCCUAUUUGGUCCUGUUGCCUCUGGUCCUCAACACCUACUCCCCGCCGUGGAUCGCUUGGCAUAUUUGUUACGGACACUGGAACCUCGUCAUGAUCGCUUUCCAUUACUACAAAGCUGCAAAGACCUCUCCGGGAUACCCCCCUACGGAAAAAAAUGACAGACCAUUUGUGUCAGUCUGCAAAAAGUGCAUCGUGCCAAAACCAGCCAGAACACACCACUGUGGUAUCUGUAACAGAUGCAUUCUGAAAAUGGACCAUCACUGUCCCUGGUUGAAUAACUGUGUGGGCCAUUUUAACCACCGUUACUUCUUCUCCUUCUGUCUCUUCAUGACCUUGGGCUGUGUCUACUGCAGCAUCAGUGGCAGAAACUUGUUCCUCGACGCAUACAAUGCUCUCGAGCGCUUUAAGCAUUUGGAUGUGGAAAAGCCGGGGAUACCAGUAACGGGGAUGGGACUUCUUAUAGGGCUUCUCCCUCCUGGCCAGACCAACUAUCAGACAUCUGCACCUCCAUACACCUUUAAGGAUAGGAUGAUUCAUAAAAGCAUCAUCUACAUGUGGGUGCUCACCAGCACAGUGGGAGUGGCCCUGGGUGCUUUAACCUUUUGGCAUGCAGUUCUCAUAUCCAGAGGGGAGACGAGCAUCGAAAGACAUACCAACGGAAAAGAAGCUGAGCGAUUGGCCAAACGCGGAAGGGUAUACAGAAAUCCUUUCCACUACGGCAGGCUGAAUAACUGGAAAGUCUUCUUGGGCGUGGAGAAGAGAAGUCACUGGGUGACACGUGUUCUCCUUCCCUCUGGACACGCCCCGCACGGUGAUGGUUUGACCUGGGACAUCUUUCCACGCAAAAAGGACUUGAUACCCGUAUGACAGACUCUACAUAAAUAUAUUUUGUAGCCUUAAGGAUUGGGUUAGAUUACAGGAGUCUUUCUUAGAUGCUCCAUAUAACUGAAGACAGGGGGUCAUGCCAACCUCCUAUACCUCAGAAGCACGGUCUACAUUUUUCAUCGAGACAGUUUGUCAUGAGUGGGUUGUUCUUGACUGGGUUUUACUUAUCUUUACAAACUGGUUUUACUUGACUCUGUUUGAGUACUUGUACUCGAGCUUUGUGCUAUCAUGGGUUUGAUAUUUUUAUAAACCAAAUACACUGACUGAACUAUUUGCAAAAACAUGUUUUUUUAUGCAAAAUGUCAUCUUAUCCUGCCCAAGCUAUUUUUAUCCCAAAAAAAUUUGGAGGCAUCAUGUUUCAUGUCAGUGCCUCCACCUCCCUGUCUCACAUUUGAACACUCCAGACCAACAUUAUCAUUUAAUUAGAAGGAAACUACGGUACCAUGAGAGUAUGUAAUGUAAACUGUAUUUUGUACCUGUUAAUUUAAUAAAUCUUUAUAACCUGCUUUAAUAUAAUUCUA